AUGCACGAGGCUACAAGUUAUGACGAGUACAUGUUGGCCCUGCGACGGGUGGUGGAACGACAUAUGGUCCCAGACAGACGGUCGACACGAGCGUUAAAGAGUCCGUUGUGGGAUAGCGAUGUUGAGGAAGCCUGGAAAAGGCGUCGAGAGGCAAACAGGGAGCAUCGAAGGAUGGUGCAGUCGUCGGAUACAGAGGCAUGCGCAGCCACCUGGCAGAGAUAUCUUGAACUGAAGCACGAGAUACAGGCAUUGGUGCAGGCGAAAACUGCCGAGUACAACAUGAAACUAUUUCAAUCUCUGCGCGAAGAGGGCAAGAACGCAGCCCAGAAGUUCUGGCAAUAUGUGCAAACACUGGACAGGCGACAACAGAAUUCGCCCCAAUUGAGGUAUGCUGACACCAACCAGCCAGUGGCACAUGUGCGGCAGCACCUGACACGAUACAUCAGUGGACUGUUCGGCUCGACGGGAAAUGACAACGACAGGGAUGCUUCCGCGGCCGCGACACUGCACCCUGCCCUCGGCGAAAGGCAAAAGGAAGCGGAACCGUGCUGUGCGGUGAGCAGUGUGACAGUCAUCCGCGCCUUAGCGCGAAUAAGCACUCGAACUGCAACGGGGCCCGACGAGGUGCCAGCGCGCCUGGUGAAGUGCCUCCGCCCACAGGCUAGGGGGAAGCUUGCAGACCAGCUGUCGAGCAUCCUUUCUGGCGCUGAAAUCCCGAAGGACUGGCGUCAGGGUCGGAUAACAUUGAUCCUAAAGCAAGGCGGCGCGGCGGACCUGCUGCAGAGCUAUCGCCCUAUCAUGGUCACUAGCGUGAUGUACCGAAUGUUUGCCGGUAUCCUAAGGGAAUGGCUAAGUGCCUGGGCUGAGACGAAGAACUUGCUGACGAACUACAAAAUGGGUUUCGUUCGGGUCGUAGAUUGGAGGAUAAAAUUUUCACUCUGA